AUGUUUAACGUCGAAAAGAGACGUAUGGAAAAUGUCUAUUCUGUAUCAAGUUCGGUUAAAAGAGCCAGAGACUCCGUGGACAUCGAAGACGAAACUCCAACCACAUCGACAUCACUAGACUCACUACAUGCAAAAUUUGCGCGGAAUGGAGAAUCACCUAAAGAGAGCAGGACGGAAGACACAUGGGAAUUUUCUACAAAUGGCUCACCACUCGAUAAAGCGUCAGAAAUGCCUGUGAAACCUCCAUUUAAGGAAGUAGGGAAUACCGCCAUUAACUCAGGUAUUGGCAACAAUGCGGACGUGUCAACACCAAGCCUGCCAUUAAGCAUAGACACGCAUGCAUUGCCUGGUUUUUCUACCAAAUUUCCCUCUGGAGAAUCACAAAAGCUUUUGGAUAAGACAACUCCCCUUGUAAAGGAUCAUUCACCAAGUUAUAUAUUUCCUACAUCAUACAAUACACCAGACUAUACAUCUAAUGAUGCGCUAAAUGACACACUUGAGGAUUUUGUUAAUGAUGAAGAUGUACCAGCCUUUGAGCGCCAAAGGCAAGCCAUAGAUUCUAGUAUUGCAGCCACAGAAGGAACAUUAGGACGCAAUACCCAAAAAAUUUCCUCAAAGUUAACUGAAAAGGGAUAUAGGGAUUCUCUAAUGGAGGCUUACAGGAAUAUAUCUAGGGAAGUUUCCAGGGAUCCGCUUUAUCCACCACUUUCUAUUUUAUCAAAGAGACGUGGACGUUUGGAGAUGCCCAGUAAAAAUUCCCACAGAGGAAUCCCCAGUUCAGCUCAAGAACAACCACUUGAUUACGCUUCAAGGGACGCUAAUUCUUUGCGACAAUAUACGCCAUAUCCGGAGCGACCCUCUAUGGAGCAUGAAGAAGCCUCUGCACCCACCACUAGACAGAAUGGUUCUCGCAUAAAUGUGAACAUGAAUGAGAUAAGUAUGGAGAGCACGUCUAGAUCCAGUGUCUUUAGAAUUCCAGUUACAAUACAGGAUGAAAUGUCUGAAGCACAAGCAGAGUUCACAGACGAAGUUGCUGAUGCAAAUGCAGACAAAGGUACAGGCACCGAUGCAGAUAUUGACAAUGUACAAGAAAAAGAGGUUAGACCGACAGGUGGUUGUGGGCAUGACUGUUUGUCGCUCCCCAUGGAGGAUAACAUGAUUGAAAUCACAAGCAUUUACGAUUUAAUUUUGGACAUGCGAUUCUGUAGUUUACAACUUCCAAUUCCAAAUGAUUUUACCGGAUCGCGGGAAUUCAUCCUGGAGACGAACGAAUCUUCUAGCAUCACAAAUUACGACAUUUGUUAUGAUGAGGAUUUGGGUAGUAACUUUGUGAUGGCUGAACCCUUUAGAUUUUUCUGCAAGGUUCAUAUAACUUUUGAUAAGGAUGGGGAAUACUGGUGUUGUUGUUACUACGAUGCCAGCGGUAAUUAUGUACAAAAGAGAUUUAAUACAGCGGACAUUGACUUUAACACUGCGCAGAUGCUAGCGAAUCGUUGUAGGGAUGCGGCGGAAAAGACGUUUCAUUCCAUUUGGAUUUUAAAGCAUAAAUCGCUGCUUGAAAGGCCGAUUCCAGACGGUCUUGCGGAGUCAUUUGUCCAUACCGUAAACAGUAUAAACGAAUGUGUGAAUAAUGAAGAUUGUAUAGUGUGUUGUGCAGAUAAGAUUCAGAGGAUCCUACAGGAUCGAUAA